CAAAAAAAUUCUUGUCUGUCAUGUCACCACAGGCUGUCAGUUUAUGCCCGUACUAAAUCAAAAAUAAUUCGGCCGCAACACGCUGCCAUGCACAAAAUCAAGACUUUCAGAUCUUGAAAUGCAGUGAUAUCCCAACCAAAACAUUUUAUUUUGAAUUUCCAAAUCUUACAAACUAUUUUGGGUACAAAAUUUAAUUAUUUGGCGUCAAAAGUACGGGCAUAGCGGACGGCAUCCAUCGAACUGUUCAUAAGCUUUAUAAGCGAAGCCAAUAUUCUUGCGAUCAAGAUUACAGGCUAAAUCAGUCGACAAUAAAACGUGUUAAAAUGGAGAACCUAACCGUUUUGUCGUUCAGGAAAUUUGAGGACAUCAAACGCCUCGCUAGACAUUUCCAAAAUGUUGUCAACCACCCCACCACGCAACAGAACAAAGUGUUACACUCCUAUCUUAGAAAUCUUGACCAAACGCACAAAAAUAUAUAUUUACAAAAACGCGAUUACGUCGAAGUUGAAUAUAUUUUUACGACUGAAAAGAAAAGCAGUUUACAAAGACAACGGUUCAACAGUCUUCCUGUUAGUGAAGUACCUGAGUUGCUAAAAGCUGAACUGCUAACUUCAGAUGACGCUAAGCAGGUCCAUAUAUGCACUGACUGCAAUAUUGAAAUCGAAUUGAGUGAUGAGGAACCUCUAAUGGAGUCGUUACAACGUCAUUUCAAUUCUGAUGCCCAUUUACCUAAGUUGAGACGAGAAAGCAUGGAUGUCGCUGAACCUAUCAUCCUACCGAACAUGUCCCGUCGUCUGUCGGCCAUGGCAGAGCUGCCUUUACCAAAAAUUAAGGAACUAACUAUCACUAAGCCCGUUGAAAAGCUGGAGAAGAAUUUCUCGUCCAAACUUAGCACUUCGUUGAUGAAAAUACUUCCAGAUGCGUCUGAGGCUAGUGUGGAUGCUGCUUUAAAGUUCUAUCAAGAGAUAUAUGACAAGCUUUGCUCUGACGUGUCCAACAUUGACUUUUCGACUCAAACGUCCUCUGUUGCUCCGAUAAUAAUGAGCAUUAAAGACAACGUCUACCAGAAUUUCGCUGGAGAUGCAAAUAAGAACAUUGACAACGAUGAAAACGAUCAAGCUGCUGAAAAAUCGAAGAACCAAGUGAAGAAAUAUCGCUACUAUGGCCCUAUCGCGGCUUCGAUCAUAAAGCUACUUGUCAAUCAUAAACUUUUGUCGUUAAUUGAUGAUCGGACUGGUAAAUUGGCGUUUUUCUGCAUAGCUUGUGAGUACUACACGCUCAGGUUUCAUUACGACAGUGUUUUGAACCACGUGUUUAGUCCGACGCAUGUCCAUAAUCUUUCCUGUAUCCUACAGUCUGAUAAAAGCAUUUCCUUCUCCAUGACUGAACCAACUGUUGAGAAAAUUAAAGAGAUAAAUGAUAAGUUCCUUUUGAGCCAUGAUAUUGUUUAUACUCCGAUCGGCUUGAAUUGUAGACUAUGUGCCACUCCGAUCGAGUCUGUGGAAGCUUCGAUCUUGCAUAUACUUGAUGAGAAGCACCUGGCUAAAUUGUCUGACGAGUUGUACCUUCGUAUGAAGGACGCUGACCCGGACGGUGCUAUUCCUGAGGAAUGGGGUCCUAAAGACUUAAACUGGGUAAAGUACUUAGCGAGCGUUGGCAAACCGCACAACAAUCGCGACCAUGUGGUCAUUGAAAACUUUAUUAAACCUUCGGGUAAGAUCGGGAACUAUUGUACCUGCUGCGAUAUGACUUUAAAGGGCCCUAGACAAGUCCUUUUUAAUCACAUCCGUCAGAAGAAGCAUUUGAGGAACGCAGCGCCACGUAAACUGUCGAUGCUCUACAAGAACCAUUGUAGGCCUUCCGAAUAUUAUGCUAGCUUCGGGAAUUUCUACAUUUGCACUAUUUGCCCUGAUUUUGUAGCGGCGCCUUCGAUCUCCGCGAUGGUUGAACAUUUUGAGAGCGCUUCCCAUUUCGAUACGAUCGCCAAGUUGAUUCGCUCAGCUCUCUAUAACCAACCAGAUGUACAUAUGUUCGCUGCGAACAAAAUAACCGCUGAUUUGAAAUGCGAAGUGUGUAAAACAUCAUUCCACGAUAAGUCUGAAGCUGUGAAGCACAUUUUGAGUAGCGUUGACCAUGAAACAGCGGUGGCUGAAGCGAAAAUUAACUCUAAUAAGGGAGAUAUUAUAAGCGUUUAUAUGAAAGGCAACCAUGUGUUGCAUAGCGAAGGGGCUACUUUCACUUGCGUUGAUUGCAAGGGCGUCUUUAAUUCUAUCCGAUCUCUGCUAACCCACUUGGUGUAUGCUGGUCAUUUCAAGGAGAAGCCAGCUGUUGAGGCGGUCUUCCGGUUUUAUUUGGAGUUGAAGCAUAAUAUAAAUAUGUUGGCGCGCAAUAAAUAUGUGUAUUACCAGUUUGGAAAAUUGAAGUGUGGUGUUUGUGACGCGGACCUUGAAGAAGGGGAGACUGCGAAGAAGCAUGUGGUGUCGACGCGCCAUAGAGAGAACAUGGGGGCCAGUUAUGUUAGUAUAGAUACGUCCGCUGUUGAAUAAGAUGUCGCCUGUUAUGUUAAAUGUGGCAAAAUGAUGUUAAUUAUGAGGAAUCAUGAGUAUAAGAGUAAUUAAUAUGAGAAAUCAUUUUACAAUGAAAUUUUAAUAAAUGAAUUAAUUUUAUAACUAUUA